ACAUCUGGCGGCACCCGAAGCAGCACGGGAUUUGGCGUUGUAAAAGCGCGUAAUGUUGUGAUGUUGUUGUGUGCAGAAGCAUGGCGAAAACAACAACUCAGGAUUGAGAGAAUUAAGAGAGGAACACCAUUCAAUCCAAUCUCUCAUUUCUCUUCCCUUCUCUGAAAUUUCAUUGCAUGUCUGCACACCAAUUUCUAACAAUGGCGAUGAUCACGUGCCCGCGAUGAAGCCUUGCACGACAUUGUUGCGACCAUCGACAUGCGUUGGUUACCCACCCUCAUCUUCUCCCAUUCCCAUUCAUCCUCUUCACCGUCAACCUCACCGUCGUCGUCGUCGUCGUCUUCGGCCACUCGCAAAUCCUCCUCUCCCACCUCAUCUACCGUGUCCCACGCCAGGAAGCACACCCGCUCUGCCUGGUUCUUCGGCGGCACCAGAAAGUCGACGCGCUCAAGGAAGCUGAGCCACGUGGAGGACAUAGACGCCGUCGUCAUCACCCCCUUGUCGCGCUCCACCAGCACCUUCGAUCUUUCCUCCGCCCCCUCCUUCGGACCUCAGCCGUUACCCUUGCCCAGAGCCAUCGACUCCCGUUUACCCUCCUCCAAAGAUGUCGCCGCCGAAAAACCCAAUGCCGCCGUCGACAAACCCAAUGCCGCCGUCGAUUUUACCCUCCCCGCUGGUUUUCAAAUGCGCAGUGUAUUCGCGAGGGAAGAGAAUAGAAAAAAUAUGGAGCACGUGGAGACAAAGUCACCAAGGGUGGCGCCUCAGCAAGACACGAGCAGUGGUGCAAGUACAAGUGCUCAAGGAGAUAACUUCUGGUUGAGUGCUCCUGCAAGAAGUGCUCCAACUAGUCCUUUUGCCAGUCCCAGAAUCAUCCCAAACAUUGCCAAAACCGAUGAUUUUGUCCCGUACUAUUAUGUGUCACCCAAAGCCAACCAAUUCUGGUCUGCACCAGAGAUGCCAACAUCCGACCCUUCAGCUGGGCACCCACCUCCUGCUUUCUUUGAUUUAUCAGCACUGCGCACUGAUACCACCCUUUCUCCUCCCCAUCAAAGCCCGCGGGGAAAAAGCCCCACCAAACACCCCAAAAGCCCCAAUGCCCAUUCUUCUUCUUCUUCUCCUUCUCCUUCUCCAUCCAUACACCCCAUUUUAUCCCUUGACAUCUCAAUGGCACGUCGGGAAACCACUCUUCCUUACUCUGUCCAUCCCUUACCCUUGCCUCCUUGGGCUGGGCCUGGAGCUCCCAUAGUCUCACCUCCUGCUAUCUUUUCCCUUCCUGUUGCUAAGACGGAACCCUUGCCAAUGAAAAAUCAGUGGCAAAAAGGAAAACUUAUUGGCAGAGGUACCUUUGGAUCUGUUUAUGUUGCCACCAAUAGAAAAACUGGAGCAUUGUGUGCAAUGAAGGAAGCAGAAGCCUUUUCCGAUGAUCCAAAAUCUGCAGAGUGCAUAAGACAGUUAGAGCAGGAAAUUAAAGUUCUUAGCCAACUGAAGCAUCCAAACAUUGUGCAGUAUUUUGGUAGCGAAAUAGUAGAAGACAAGUUUUAUAUAUAUUUGGAAUAUGUACAUCCUGGUUCAAUGAAUAAAUACGUUCGUGAACAUUGUGGUGCAAUAACCGAAUGGGUUCUUCGGAGUUUCACACGCCAUAUUCUUUCGGGGUUGGCUUACUUACAUAGCAAAAAGACAAUUCAUAGAGACAUCAAAGGGGCUAACUUGCUUGUUGAUUCUGCUGGUGUCGUUAAGCUUGCUGACUUUGGGAUGGCCAAACAUCUAACUGGACACGUUGCAGAUCUUUCUUUGAAGGGAAGUCCAUACUGGAUGGCUCCAGAGCUUAUGCAAGCAGUUGUACAAAAGGAUAAUAGCGUUGAAGUAGCUUUUGCUGUAGAUAUUUGGAGUUUGGGUUGUACAAUUAUUGAAAUGUUUACGGGAAAGCCUCCUUGGAGCGAGUAUGAAGGAGCCGCAGCUAUGUUUAAGGUUAUGACGGAUACACCUCCUAUACCAGAAACAUUGUCAGCUGAAGGUAAGGAUUUCUUGAGGCUCUGCUUUAUAAGAAAUCCAGCCGAGCGACCAAGUGCUUCAAUGUUAUUAGAUCAUAGAUUUCUGAAAAACUUAUGACACCCAGAUGUUUCGUGUUCCACGCAUCUGUAUAAUGGAGCACCCUUAAUGGAUAUCUACAGUCCCAGAGAUUUGAUCACAUUUCCAUUUCCUGUGAACAUAUUGCUGAGGGAAAAUAGCCACUGCGAGGUGAGAAUUUUUCAUUAUGAUGUCCUUGCCAUUAUCCUCUGCUGGAAAUGGAGAUUGAAUACGUUGCAGUGGCAUCUCAGCGCUCUACUCGCUCUACUGUUGAAGUGCCUGCAACACUUUGGAUGAGAUUUCUGUGUCGGUGUCAAAUAUGGUGGCUAUAAGAAAAUAAUGACUGGUCUGGUAGAAGUACGUUCUCAUACAUUAUGCCAAUGGCUUGAGUUCAUCUGGACUUGUUUAGGAUGACUUGCACCUGUAGAUGUUGCAGGUUCUUUCCAGGGAUUGUCACCGACGCCCUCUCUAAGUAACAAGCUUGUUCAGUGUUCACCAUGGAGUUAACAGCACGAGACUUUGGAAGCAAAUUUUGUACAAUAUUAGUGAUCCAGAAGUGACACAGUGCAGUCAAUUUUUUUAACAAUAACAGCAAUGAUUUUUUACAUUAAAAUGGAUUAUUUAUUCAUUACAUACUGAUCAAAU